GCAAGAAUGAUUUUAACCUCCCAUGAACCUUCUGCUGCUUGCGUCAUUAUUAUUUUCUACGAGUUUCUAUGAUGUUGUUCCAAAAGAUCUUGUCUUCGGCAGUCAGGACUGCAAUUAUUGCCGCCGAAAGCGUGCACGGGCAUACCUUCAAAGCACUCGUCUAUCGCGGACCAGCGGCUUGCGACGGAUGCCCGGAAGCGGUGGCCCAGCUUUUGAAGUCGACGCCGGGGAUGAAGAUCGAUGUUACAUAUGUCGGACCUGAUGAGGAGGUGAAAUUGAACGCGGAGGCUUUGGAAGGCGUGGAUGUUUACGUUCAGCCGGGCGGUGGAGAUGAUGUCGACGAGACUUGGAAAACAGACAUGAAACAAUACUACACGGAAAUCCGCCACUUUGUGGAGAACGGAGGGCGAUAUCUUGGAUUUUGUCUCGGGGCGUAUCUCGCUGGGCACACGCCUGGGUUCGAUCUUCUGAACAAGGGGGAUGAUGUGAAUACUGAAACCGAAAGGAAAGGUUCCCAGGUCACGAACACAAAUGAUACGAUUAUUCAAGUCGAUUGGACGUUCGCUUCUGGGAAGGUCGAGAUGAAGCGCUGGCUGUAUUUCCAAGAUGGAGCUGUGAUGGUCUUGGGUAAGAACUCUGACGCCAAGGUUCUGGGGAGGUAUUCGAGUAAUGGUGAUCCGGCUGCGACGUUGAAUCAGUUCGGUGAUGGGUGGGUUGGACUGGUCGGACCACAUCCUGAGGCUGAUAAAAGUUGGUACGCCGACGAAGACUUUGUGAAUCCUGAUGGGAUCAAGUUCGACAUUGGUCAUGAUUUUGUUCAAACGGUCCUGAAUGCUGGGCACAAACCUGAGACGUAUGAGAAGUUGAGCGUGGCAUGUAGCCCGUCAUGA